AUGGUCGCAACACCAAAGCCCUUCUUCCAGGCUCCCGCCUCGCUCGACGCCCACGCGCUCGAGCAGGUCGAGGACGCCAUUGACAACGUCAACAUCCUCAAGGGCAAGCCCGGCAAGACGGCCAACACAGCCAAGCCCGCGGCGGCGGCAUCAGCAGCAACACCAACAACCUACGAGUCGUCCAAGUUUGACGCCGAAAAGGACAAGGCGGCGUUCCGGCAGUACGAGUCGGCGACGGACGCGUCAAGACGUUCUACCAGACGCAGCACGCCAACCAGACGUACGACUACAACAUGGCGAUCCGCAAAGCAGUUCGCCGUGGACCUGUCGCCGAAACCGACGACGCCGCCGCGCGCCGAGCUCUCCGUCUGGGACGCCAUGCUCAAGCUCGACACGCUCGUCGACGACUCGGACCCGGACACGUCGCUGACGCAGAUCCAGCACCUGCUGCAGACGGCCGAGGCCAUGCGCCGCGACGGCCAGCCGCGCUGGAUGCAGCUGACGGGCCUCAUCCACGACCUCGGCAAGCUGCUCUACAUGCACGGCUGCCCCGAGCAGUGGUCCGUCGUCGGCGACACCUUUCCCGUCGGCUGCGCCUUCUCGCCCAAGAUCAUCCUGCCCGCCACCUUCGCCGCCAACCCCGACAGCACGCACCCCGUCUACGCGACGCCCCUCGGCGUCUACGAGGCCGGCUGCGGCAUCGAGAACCUCGUCAUGAGCUGGGGCCACGACGAGUACCUCUACCAGGGUCGUCAAGGACCAGUCCACCCUGCCGCGCGCCGCCCCUCGCCAUGA